CGCAUGAUGAAGUAUACGAGUAGAUGAAUAGGUGGGUAUUGCAACACUUCACAAAUAGAGUGUAUCCGUAACAGGCCACUCCUUUUGUCUCAUAAACUCCCUCCUCACUUCGUGUCUUUUCUUUCACCAUCAUGGCUUUCGCUGGGAUAUAUGAGUCAGAGAAUCAAGAAAACUAUGAGGAGUUUCUAGAAGCCCUUGGGCUUCUCAGUGCCAAGACAGACCACAAUGUGGUAACAGAGGUGCUUCAGGAUGGGAACGACUUCACUUGGACACAAAGCAUUCCCAACUGGGCCUGGUCCAAUAAGUUCACCAUCGGUCAGGAAUGUGAGCUGGUGACAAUGAAGGGGGACAAAUUCAAGGCAACUGUCAUUUUGGAGGGUGGAAAGAUUUCAGCUCAGUUUCCUCAGUACCAAUUUACAGCAGAGAUCAUCGACGAUAAACUGGUUAUGAAUUGCAUAACUUCAGGAGAGAAGGGCGUGACUUUCAAAAGAAUUAGCAAGAGGAUGUAAUACUGCGAGAUUCAACAUGCUUCAAGAGAAAAGAUGCUCCCUCCGUGACAAAAGACACACCUUGAAAAUGCUUGAAUUAUUGAAGCAGAAAGAAUAAAGUAACCAUCUGCGGCGAGGAGCAAGUGGGCCAUCUUCUGACUUCACCAAACGUAGUUUGGUUGUGUUCCUUUCAUACAUCUAUGAAGAAAUUGGUAAAUAUACUGUAUUUCUACCAGGGUCCAUGUUUGAUCCAAUAAAAUUAAACUCAAAUCAA